CCCCGGACCAACCAGCCACUCUUUCGCUCUCUUAAGUCUCAGGAGCCUGGUCUGUAAAAUGCCUCUCUGCCUGCAGGUAGGUCCGACCUUUCCAGAAUUUUCCAGGAAUUCACCUCAGAGAAAGGAUGAAGAAGGGCUUUAAGAAGCACAAGGAGUGUUGUCUCCACACUUUGUGUGUCUGCCCAACUCUGCCUGUCUCUAUGUUUGUCCCUCUGGGUUUCUGCCUCUCCUGGCUCCACUAUCCAAAGACGACCCCUUUUUGCCCUUCCCCAGCAGCCCCCGCCCCGGAAUCCUUCACUGUGCACUUCCUGUCCCUCGGUUCCGCCCAGACUCUCCACCACAAGAGCUGCUACAAGGGCCGGUUCCAGCUUCUGUAUGUGGCCUGUGGAAUGGUCCAGCUUCUUAGCCCUGAGCUCGGGGCCUGCCUGGCCCCUGGAGGGAAUCUGAUUGUGGAGUUAGCCCGGUACCUGGUGGACCUGAGGCAGGAGCAGCUGCAGGGGUUCGCCACCCGGGUCGGGGAGCUAGCUCAGGCGGCCGGAUUUGCCCCGCAGAUCGGCGCCAGGCCCUCGGAGACCUUCGCGCGCUUCUACAAGUCCGGGGACCUUGCUCCUGCCAGCAUUGACCCAGCCAUGGAAUCCGGAACUCCGCCCCCUGAAGUCCUGGCUCCCUCUCUUGAAGCAAUGAGCCCGCCCUGUGAGGACCAGAUCCAGCAACUAGAAGGACGGGCUCCAGGCUCUGAGCCCCUUGAGCUACCCUCACUGUCUCAGGGUUCACUCUUGGAGGCUCUGGCUCCAAUCCAGGAGGCUCUGGCCACGCCCAACAGUGAGUCAGACUCCCAAACCAGAGUCUGACCCCACCCCAAGAGACCGAGUCCCUCAUCUCUAACAUCUAAAAUCAGGUUCUUGGGGCCUGCCCUUGGCUCACUCAGGAGAGUGUGGUGCUAAUGAUACCAAGGCCACGGGUUCGGAUCCCAUAUAGGGA